AUUUAUAUAAACAAAUAAGCAAGCAUCAUAAAUCACUUGUGUAAAUUACUUUAAUUGUCUCUUCUGGGGAGAGUAACAUUAACGUAGGAAGAACAAAGAAAUGGUCGGAGUUGGGAGUGAUGUUCAUCGGGAUAUUAUUUCAACGCGUCUUACGGUUCACGCGCCCACGGUCUGCGUGACCGGAGCGUCUGGGUUCAUCGGGUCAUGGCUAGUCAUGCGCCUUCUUCAACGAGGCUACCAUGUUCAUGCAACCGUUAGGGAUCCUGGAAACACAAAGAAGGUGAAGCAUUUGUUGGAACUGUCGAAAGCCGACCUGAACUUAACGCUGUGGAAAGGGUUGUUGGAGGAAGAGGGAAGCUUUGAUGAAGCUAUUGCAGGUUGUGAAGGUGUAUUUCAUGUGGCCACCCCUAUGGAUUUUGAGUCCAAAGAUCCAGAGAAUGAGGUAAUAAAGCCAACAAUUAAGGGAAUGGUGAGCAUCAUAAACUCUUGUGUGAAAGCAAAGACGGUGAAGAGGCUAGUUUUCACUUCUUCAGCCGGAACUCUCAAUGUCCAAGAAACACAAAAACCCAUCUACGAUGAGAGCAAUUGGAGUGACUUGGAUUUCAUAUACAACAAGAAAAUGACUGGAUGGAUGUACUUUGUGUCCAAGACACUUGCAGAGAAGGAAGCAUGGAAGGUUGCCAAAGAAAAGAAAAUUGAUUUCAUCAGCAUUAUACCCCCACUCGUGGUUGGCAAAUUUAUCACCCCAACAUUUCCUCCCAGCCUCAUCACCGCACUCUCACCCAUAACCGGAAACGAACCACACUACUCUAUAAUAAAGCAAGGGCAGUUUGUGCAUCUGGAUGAUCUGUGCGAGGCUCACAUAUUCUUGUAUGAAAAUCCCAAAGCAGAGGGGAGAUUCAUCUGCUCUUCUCAUCAUACCACCAUUCACGGUUUAUCAAAGAUGCUCAGAAAGAAUUGGCCCGAAUACUACAUCCCUUCUGAGUUUAAGGGCAUUGAAAAGGACUUGCCAGUGGUGUCCUUUUCAUCCAAGAAGUUGCUAGAAUUGGGGUUUGAAUUCAAGUACACUCUUGAGGACAUGUUCAGAGGAGCCAUAGAUAACCUGCGGAAGAGGGGAUUGCUUCCCUACUCUAUUAAGGAACCCUCUCCCACUGUAAAACAGCAGGAGAUAAUAGUGCCCUUGAAACUGGAAAAGAAUGAAAACACUAUUGACAAGCAGAACGGAUUGGCUGAUAAUUCUGCCCAUGAAAAAAUCCAAGUUGCCUGACUACGUACGUAUUCAUAGGGCUGGAGAAAUAAUUAAUUUUCAUUUAAUAUAUCCCAUUUCUAAUUGAAUAAUAAAUUCAGUUGAUAAUAAAUAAUUCUAUGUAGUUCGGAUUGCUGUUCACGUUGUUGAAUAGAUAUUUUAUUUUGUACUAGUUCGUAGUCAUUGUUUCACAUGUACUCGUAUAUAGUAUACAUAUUAUACAGGUAUACUAUUUAAUAUUGUAAUAAAAAUAAUAAUGGCUAUAAAGAGUUGUGAUAAUGAGCAAUUGAGAGGAUUAAAAUAACCAGCUUUUUC